UUUUAUGAUCUGCUUUCAGAAAACAUUCAAAAGAUCUACUACAGAGAAAGCCUUUAAAUUCACUUCAGAGCUACAACUCACAGAUACAUUAACUUGUUUAUGGUCUGGUAUUCAAUCACUUUUAGAGAAAUCAGUAAAACAUAUAGAUGAAAAACAUUUUACUUCCCAAAUGGAUAACUAUCGAAAAAUCAUGACAGAUAUAAAACAAUCGAUUAUAUCAGAACAAAAUUUAAUAGAUCAAUUAGAAGAAAAGGUGAAAUCCGCCAAUCAUAUGAUAGAUUCAUUAAACCUCCGAGAGCAAAUAAUUCAAGAAUCCAAUGAUAAUCUUUUGGCACAAAUAAAAACAUUAAAAAAUGAACUUAAUGCAAAAACCAAACAAAUCGAAGAAGAAGGACUAUUUUCGUCGAUGAGCCAAGGAGAUACGUGCCAAUUGGAACUAAUGAGAACAAAGCGGGAAUUAACAAAAUUUGAUGAUGAAAAUAAACGUUUAGAUGAUCUUUGUCAACAUUUAAAGUCAGAAUUAGAUACUGCUGAAUAUAAUAUCAGAGAACUCGAAGCUGAUAUUACAGCUAAAAGUAAUCAACUAGUUAAAGAAACGAAACUAAAAGAAAAGCUCGAAGAACAAUUGCACACUAAUAAUGAAGAAAUGGAAAAAAUUAAAUCGGAGCUGAAUAGUACAAAAAACAACUUAAAGAAAACCGAAAUUGAUUUAGAAAAAAAUAAUGAUACAUUAAAACAACUCAAAAUUCAAAAUAAUCAAUUGAAUGCAAAAAAUAUCUCAUAUGAUAAAAAAAUAAAGAAAUUCAAUAAAGAACUGAAAAUUAAAACUGAACUUAGAGUUAUCAAUGGUAAAGAUAUAUGUCAUCUUAAAGAUAAAAUAACUAGCCAAGAAACACAAUUACUUAAAGUUCAAUCUGAAUUGAAUAGUCUUACUGCAACUCACGAAACUUCAGAAAGAAAGCGACAAGAAUCUGUAAAAGAAGUUGAAAAAUUUUUAAAAUAUAGAAAAAUUCAGGAGAACAACGUCUUUAGUUUAGAAAAAAAAAUAAGUCAAUUGCAAUGGGACAACAACAAAAUAAAUCAUACAUUAGAAGUUACCCAAAGAGACAAAAAAUUAUUAGAAAAAAGUAUAGCUAAAAUGAAAGAACAAAUGACAACAUACUUGGAAAAUUUGAAUUUAAAAAAUACAGCAAUUAAAGCUUUGGAACUAGAAAAUACCGAGUUAAUUAAAUCUAUCGAUCUUCUCAAUCAAGAUAAAGUAAAUUUAGAAAAAAAUAAAGAAAAAUUAAAUCAAUACGUUGUCACAUUAAAGAAAAAAAACCUUGAAGUGACCGCAAUAAUGAAUUAUAAGGAAAUAGAAGUACAAGAGUUAAAAAAAGAAAUAAACGUGCGUCAAGAAAAACUUAAAGAAUUUGAGCAUGACUUACUAUCAAUUAAAAACGAAAAAAAUGUUUACCACAAGAAUACUUUAGAAGCAAAGGAUGACGUAGAAGAAAUGAAAGAAAAAUUUAAAAUGGUUUCUCAACAGCUUGAACAACAAAAAGAAUAUGUGGCAUACAAAGAAAUGCAGUUAGCCAAAAAUGAUACCAAAUUGAAACAGACAGAAAAGGAAUUACAAAAGUGUCAACAAGAGAUUAAUAAGUUUGAACUGAAGUUUGAUAAAAUGUCAGAAUUAUUAAAAAAAAAAAAUGAAGAUGCAAAAUCUUUAAGUACAACUUUGAAAACACAACAAAAAAAAUUGGAAAAACUUCAGAAUCAAAUUGAACAAGUAAAUUCAGAUAAAAGUAACUUGAUCAAUCAUAUAAAUAUACGAAAUGAAGAGCUUAUAAAACAAAAAGAUGCCAACGAUGUACUUAUAAUUACUCUUGGCAAAGGAGAAGCAGAAUAUCAAAAUAGAAUUGAAGAUAUUAAGCUAUUAAAAUCGCAUGUAAAGCGACUCAGUAGUCAAAAACGACUGCUGAUAUCCCAUUCAUCAACUGUUCAUGACCUCAGACGAAAGUUGUUAAAAUACGAACAAAAAUUAAACAAAGAACGUAUGAAAUGUCGCGCAUUAGAAGAGACAUUAAUGAAACCAACUAAUAUCCAUCCUUGGAGACUUUUAAAGAACACUAAUCCAUCGGCGUUUAAGAUGACAGUUAAAAUAAGAAUACUCCAAAAGCGACUACUUGAACAAUGCACCAGAAUUUUUGACAAGGAGUUACAAGUAAAAGACAUUCAAUCGAAGUACGAUAAAUUAAAAAAUGAAUUUGUUAACCUUCCAAGUGUAGAUAUUUUCAAAGAAAUGAAUAACAUUAAAAGAACAUUAAUAAAGAAGAAUGAAAAAAUAAAAAAUCUAUCAAGCGCGUUGACUGCCAGUGAACAGUUAAUCAUGGAAAUCAAAUUUGAUUUAGAGAAAACAAAACAAGAUCUUGACGAAUUUAAAAAUAAAUAUUACGAACUGAAAAAAAUUCAGGAAAAAUUUAAAGAAAAAGUUCAAAAAGUACAGGUUUCAGCGAAGUCUAAUCCAGAAAGAUCUUUAGUUAAUUACAAUCGAUAUUUGCACUUUUCAAUAUAAUUUAUUUUUUAUUUAUAAUUAAGUGGUUUUUCAUUAAUUGUAAUUUUUAUUAAACACUAAAUAUUAAAUGAUUACAUUUUAAAACAGAGCUCUUUUGUAUAAUUUAUCAACAAUUCACUUUUCAUAUUAUCAUUAGGACAAAGAAAUAUAAAAUUAAAGAAAUAUAUUUUUUUAGUCUUUACUAUUCUUACAAAUAAUAAUAACAAUAAAUGUGAUUUUAAUAUCAAUAGAAAAAAUGUUUACAUACAAUAUUUCUAGUAGUUAUGACAAAAAACAGAUAUAAAAAUAUUCUAAUAAUAAUAUUUCUGUUUUAAUAAACAUCAGUGUAAAAUUUGAAUACACAAAGUAAGGUCAGAUUUAACUUAAGCUAUAAAGAAUGUGCAAAAAUUUGUUUUUUCUCUAUUCUCUUAAUUUUUAAGAAUAUUUACUACUCGUUCAUUAAACCCCUCGAUUUAUCCAAAAAUGAUAUGCUCUGUACAACAAUCAUAUAACUUUUACCCUCUUGUUAGUUCUAGUAUUGCAUUAAUGAUGUAUGCCACUCUUUAAAUUUUAUGUCAUUAGAUGACUUUUUUUUAUUUAAGAAACAAAUUUUUUUAAUUGGCCAUUAAUCUAUAGCCUUGAUAUUAGUAUAACCCGCAUUUUUUACCUACCUAUUUUUAUUUAUCAUAUGCUAAAUAAUUAUCUACUAUUUACAUUUAAAAUUUUUUAAAAGAUCCUUAAAUAAUGGAACCAUUUAUUUAAAUCGUCGAUAGUAAAAUUUCUAUAUUAUUAUUAACCCAACCAAUUGCUUAAAAUUACACAAGUAAAAAAAACUGAACAAUUUUAUUAAAUAUAACAUUUAAAAAAUAAAUUAGAUUAUGCACAUUAACGUGUCUAAUAGCUUCACAAAUUUUAAUUUUUUUUAACUUAAAAUAUAUAAACUUCAGUAAUUUAAUUAUUUAAAAAUAAUUAAGCUAUAUGUUAUUUUAUUGUAUAUAUAUGUUAUUGUAUUUAAUGUCAUCUAGAAGUUUUGUUUAAGUGGAUCUUAAUUACUAUAGUCAGAGGGAUCCAUUACGAGUUUCGAUAAACCAUACAUGGUUUAUCGAAAAUCAAUAUACGAUUUUAUUAUCUUUUCUAUUAUUUUAUGCAAUAAAAUUGACGAUUACGAUUAACAAAAUUAGAUAUUAAAAAUUUGUAAUGCUUUUGUAUAAUUAAAUCAUUGUAUUUUACAUAAUAAUGCUAUUUAAAAAAAUAAAUAAAUAAAUCAUUGUAUCAAUA